AUGGGGAGUGGCGCGAGGAAUGCUCCGGUGAGUGGUGCGGGGGACGCUCAAGGGAGUAGCGCUGGGGAUGCUCUAGGGAGUGGUGCGGCAGACGCUCUAGGGAGUUGCUUGGGGGACGCUCCAGGAGUGGGGCGGGGGACGCUCCGGGAGUGGCGCGGGGGACGCUCCAGGAGUGGGGCGGGGGACGCUCCGGGAGUGGCGCGGGGGACGCUCCAGGAGUGGCGCGGGGGACGCUCCGGGAGUGGCGCGGGGGACGCUCCGAGAGUGGCGCGGGGGACGCUCCAGGAGGGGCGCGUGGGACGCUCCAGGAGUGGGGCGGGGGACGCUCCGGGAGUGGCGCGGGGGACGCUCCAGGAGUGGCGCGGGGGACGCUCCGGGAGUGGCGCGGGGGACGCUCCAGGAGUGGCGCGGUUGACGCUCCGGGAGUGGCGCGGGGGACGCUCCAGGAGUGGGGCGGGGGACGCUCCGGGAGUGGCGCGGGGGACGCUCCAGGAGUGGGGCGGGGGACGCUCCGGGAGUGGCGCGGGGGACGCUCCAGGAGUGGCGCGGGGGACGCUCCGGGAGUGGCGCGGGGGACGCUCCGAGAGUGGCGCGGGGGACGCUCCAGGAGGGGCGCGUGGGACGCUCCAGGAGUGGGGCGGGGGACGCUCCGGGAGUGGCGCGGGGGACGCUCCAGGAGUGGCGCGGGGGACGCUCCGGGAGUGGCGCGGGGGACGCUCCAGGAGUGGCGCGGUUGACGCUCCAGGAGGGGCGCGGGGGACGCUCCGGGAGUGGUGCGGGGGACGCUCCAGGAGGGGCGCGGGGGACCCUCCAGGAGGGGCGCGGGGGACGCUCCGGGAGCGGCGCGGGGGACGGUCCGGGGAUUAUUAUGUGGUGACCGAGCAGGUUAGUGGUGACCGUGCAGGUUAG